AUGGCAAAGAGCGUCCGGGCGAGUGUUACCAAGCGCAAUAGAGCUAAACUCCGAGCCACAGUCUUCGGACCAGCUGUUGAUGCAAGGACCGAAAGACUUUCUGCGAAGCUGCAAGAGCUAGCUUCUCAGCCUCGGCCGAACGAGGAGAAGUCAAGCAUGGAACUGGAUGAUGCAACCACAAACAACAACAGUGACAAAGAAGCUAGCAACGUAUCGAAUUCCACUGGAGAUAUGGAUAUCGAUCAAGGAACUGCUAAGGGUGGCCGUGCUCACACCAGGAAGUCGGGUCGAAUUCAGAAACGUCAUAAGAAAGCCCGCUCGUCCAUCGUUUUCCGUCCUCAUCCAUCGAAGGUCAAAGGAAAUACGAAGAGACGGUGA